AUGGAAAAACCCGCUUUUUACAAACUGCCGCGAGUCCAGGAAGUUGACAGUCCUCUGUGGUGUCAAGGAGCCGAAUUGUUCUCCACUUCAUCACCCCGACCUGCUGGCAUCAUCAUGGACUGCUCUCCGGUACUUCGUCAGCAAAGUCAGAAGAAAAUCCACAGUGACCACAUCAGAAGGAAGAAUGAACACAACAAAAUGCCCGUAGACUUAAAGCCAUCUAAACACGUGCCUGUGCCUCACUUUUCCAAACGGGAUGUUGAGAACCAGCACCCAGGAAGCUUGGAAACUGUGCAGAAGGCACCUGUGAGAGCAGGUGUGAGUCGGCUCCCAGUGCUCGCAAAGUCCUUUCAUCUUCAGACCCCCUCAGACUUCACCCACUCCCAUAAGAGGUGGGAGGAGAAACCCCUGGCUGGCAAAGCCAAGCAGAAAAGGCCGUGCACCAAGCCUGUGCCUUUCAACCUGUCGCAGCCCAAAAGUACAAGAAUGGCAACCCAAAAUCAGACGUCUCUGUCAAGGACUGGCACUCAUGUCGUCCAAACGAAACACAUUUUAUCUGCCGCACAUCCCAAAACAAAAAACUUAAAUGGGAAGCUGUCUAACUGCCCAGCCGUCGUGUCGCACAGCAACGGGGACUCGACCCAAGGAGCAGAGGAGUUUCAAAGAAAUCGGCCUUCAGGAGACGAGUUGGUGGGGUCUUACGUUCCCGGCAGGACAGUGAAGGCUGCAGAAAACACAUCACACAUGUCACAACAACCUCGGCCUUCCGGUGCACUGAGCAGCUCAGCCACUUUGUCCGGUCACGUCAGUGCAGAGGCCUGUUUGCACAACAUGGACCUGCUCAGUCUCAAAGAGCCACCCAACGCUCCUCAGUCUGUGCAAGCUACCACCCCCUGCGUUCAUUUAUCAAAAAGUUCAGCUGGCAAAGGGGAGGCCUUCCAGCCGGACCAUGCGGCAUUGCUCAGUAUCCUCCGGGAUGAGGGAGUGAGCGCCAUGGACCCUCAGACCGUCAAACCUUAUAACUACCUGCCCCAGCGCGUGUCUGUCAUGAAGAGUCGACAAAAGGCAGGACCCGCUACAGGACCGGCAAAGUCUGUGCAGUUCUCCCCAGACCCGGCUGCACUGCGAAGCAUCCUGCAGAAUGAGGGGGUAAAGGCUGGGGGGCCCUUGGGGGCCACACCCCAGAACGCAGUGUGUCCAUCAGGCAGAGGCACCUCAAUCUACACAGCUCAGAGAGUUCCUGUUACGAAAAGUCGUGCCGAGACAACUGGAGGAUCAGUGGCGGCGCUCAAAGAAACUCCAGUGAAGAAAUGGACCCCACAGAGAGUCCCUGACACCAGGCACCAGCCCAUGUCUGCUAUGGCCAGUAUACACAAGAGGCUGCUGUCGGCACACAGGACGUCCCUCGCCGGCUCCUCCAGCCUGAGAGCCCUGCGGGGCUGCAACACCGACCUGCAGCCGCACAAGGAGGAAAUUGUUCAGAGGUUGUUUGAUGAUCAAGAGGAUGAACAGACUACAGAUGUGACAGACAAAGAACCUGAGACACAAGCGAAGCAGCUCCCAGCCUCUAGUCCCGAAUCCCACUGUGAACAAAAGGGAGAGGUCAGUGGGACCUGUGGGGACGAGGAGGAGGAGGAGGAGGAAGAGCAGGAGCACAGGAGCGCGGCAGGACAGCCGUUCCUCCAAGAGCAGCACAGAGAGUCGGUCAUUUUUUUCUCAACCGGCAAAAAGCUGUUCAGGGUGCCGCGUUUUGAGAAGCAGGACAGUUGUGCUCAUCUGGAGCAACAAGGCACAGUUUCAUCAACACAGAGGCCAGGGGGGCCAGCACGCGAGGAGACGUCAUCUGGGUCAGACACAACCCGGCACAUGAACCCCUGCAUUUUGAGUUUCCCCAGAGACCUCACUGGCCACAAGAGCUGUGCUCAGAGCCCCGCGGUCGCGUUGCUGCGCAGGCGUCUGCCCCCUCUGGAGGAGUUGCGCAUGGAUGAGGAGGUGGCCACCUACACCUCAGUCUCUGCCCCCGCUCCCUCCGGCUUCCUCCUUCCUCGGCCUCGCUGUGGAAACCCUCUCGCCUCCAUCCUGCACUUCCAGGAGGCCACGACAUUCAUCCCAGUUGGCUCUGAUUGCUCCUCUGACCCUCCGUCCCCUUGCUGCUCUCCACUCUGGGAGAGAUGACUUUUGCACAAAGGAAGUUUUUUUUUCUCUCUACAUUAAUGAUAAAAGGAACCUUUUCUCCAGGAAUGAUGUUUGUCAAAACACUGUUGUAGCUAGUAUUAUGAAGUCUCUACAGAAUGCUGCUGUUUGUUACUGCUCCCAAUAGAUACUUUCCUUAAAAAAGAAAAAAUGGUGUGACCUUUUGAAUUUUUUUUUUUUUUUCUAAUAAUUGUUGGUCUUGCUCUGCCUGUUAGCAGGGCUCCCUGAUGUCAUGAUGUGUCAACAUUUCUGGACCAUCAUCAGUGUUGUAGCUAAAAACAUAUACAUAUAGAUAAGGAUAAUGUUGUUCUCUCGGACAUGUAUUAUGUUGUAUAUUUCAACGUAUUAGAGACUUGUGUAGAUUGAUAAUUGCUCCUGUUCUUAAUGUACAGUGUUUAUAAUAAAAUAUAUAUUUUACUGCCUCUA